GGUAUCACAGCCUUGAUCUUAUCAAAACUGUACCUCCAAAAAGGUGAAUACCAGGAAGCACAAGCAUUCCUCAAUAUUGCACUCUGCGUUUACAAAGAAAUCGAAGACAAAGACGGAGAAGCGUCAUGCUACAUAAACCUGGGAAUUGUGUUUAGGUCUGUCGGUGAAUAUGCCAAGGCUGAAGAAUAUCUUCAUAAAGCACUUACCAUCAACACAGAAAUUGGCGACAAACACAGAGAAGCGUCAUGCUACGCAAACCUAGGAGCUGUGUUUUUGCAUGUUGGAGAAUAUUCCAAGGCUGAAGAAUAUCUUCAUAAAGCACUUACCAUUAACACAGAAAUUGGCGACAGAGAGGGAGAAGCGUUAUCCUACAUGAACCUAGGAAAUGUGUUUCAAUCUGUCGGAGAAUAUGCCAAGGCUGAAGAAUAUCUUCAUAAAGCACUUACCAUCAAGACAGAAAUUGGCGACAAACACGGAGAAGCGUCAUGCUACGGAAAUCUAGGAAGUAUGUUUCGAUCUAUC